GGAAACUCUGCAAAUCUUGAGGUCCUGGCAGUGCGUGCUUCAUGGCUACCCCAUCGCCGCCCUUUUGCUCGCUCCCUGACAUUCUCAAGGCUUCGCUGCUUGCAUCGAACGAUCUCGUGAAGUCAUGCGACAGCGUUCAGGCGCUGGUAUCAAGACUGUUCCAACCCGUCCCGUUCGAUGUCGCAACUUCGCCAUCAUCAUGCGGCGAACGAGAAGUUUGCAAGGAACUCACUGACGUCCUAGAGUCCAACAGCGUGUUUGGCUGCGCAUUCUCGCCCGCAUCCGGACCUCCGGGGUGUGUCCUUGCCCCGCUGCCGGUUCCCCCGCCGACCCCGUCGUCCAAUCACACCGUGAUCAUCGUCGCCGUGGCAUGUGGUGUUGUCGUGGUCGUUGCUGUAGUUUCUGCAGUCGUAUACGUGAAACAAAAAGCUCGCCACCGAAAGCUCUCGACCCUUCCGAUGCAUGAAGACAGUGAGUGUUGUGAUGAAGGGUACGUGGCAGCUCCUGGUGGCACCGCCUUGGCUUCCAAACGUCCGGUGCCCGCAUCCGCCUACGUCCGACCUCCGUGCGCGACCUUCUCGGACCAGCUCAACUUUUACGACCUGGAAUCGUUUCGGCUUCCGUACGACCAUAUCGUUCUCGAAAAACCAUUGGCCCAAGGCGCGUUCGGCGACGUGUGGCUAGGACACUUGCUCAACCAACGGGUGGCUGUCAAGACUCUGAAAGUCGCCAAUGUCGCGCAGGACGUGCAGCUUUUUAUAUGGGAGAUCCUCCUGCUAUCCAAGCUCGACUGUCCAUAUGUGGUGCACUUUCUCGGGGUAGCCUGGAACGAGUCGCCAUCACGCAUGAUGCUUGUGACAGAGUUUAUGGACGGCGGCGACCUCCGCUCCGUGCUGGACGCGAGCCGGACCUCCCGCCGCUUUUCCUGGCUACACAAAAUGGAAUGUGCUCUGCACAUUGCCGAAGGGCUGGUGUAUUUGCACUCGUUGGACACGAAGGUGAUCCACCGAGACUUGAAGUCGCGCAACGUGAUGCUGGACUCUGUGUCGGGCGCCAAGAUCACCGACUUCGGGGUCGCGCGGGAGACGAAUGAUGCGACCAUGACCGUCGGCAUCGGCACGUACCGGUGGAUGGCACCUGAAGUGCUCACAGACGGCCACUACACGGAGAAAGCCGACAUGUUUAGCUUUGGAGUGAUUCUAGCCGAGCUCAGCACGGAAUUGGUCCCGUACACGGACUUGAGCCUAUCGGAUGCCGGGAUUAUAGCCAGGGUUAUGGUGGGAAUGCGCCCGACCUUCGACACGACAGAGUCCCCGCCCUGGUUUGUGGAGAUGGGAACUCAGUGCCUGGCACUCCAGGCGGACCAGAGACCGACCGCCGCCGCCGUCGCGUACGCGCUGCGCCAGGCGUUGAAACAGACGGCGGAAACUAGGGUUGUGUGAAUAAAAAUCUACGAAAUAUUUCCAAGUGACAUCGUU